AUGCCGGAUCCCGUCCGUAUUUCAAACCCAUCGUCCCUGGUAGACCCUACGCCCUUUGCAUACGCCCAUGUCGCGACAGUUGCGGAGGGCUCACAACUGGUCUAUUUGGCGGGCCAAGUAGGGCAGACCAGAGAUGGCACAGUUUCGGACGAUUUCUCUGUGCAGGCCGUGCAGGCCUUUGAAAAUGUCAAAGCCUGCCUGCGUGAUGCUGGAGCUACAAUUCGAAACAUCGUCCACAUGACUACAUACAUAGUCAAUUAUGAUGCGGCUGUCCACCGAAUCUUCGAGUUGCAUAAGAUAUUCCUUGCUGACGAGAAGGGCGUUUAUUGCCCUCCGGGGACGGUCGUGCCUGUGCCUGCUCUGGCAUUGCCGCAGCUGAAAAUUGAGAUACAAUGUGUUGCUGCAGUAGGACCAAACUCUGCUCUGCGUCUGAACCCACAAAAGCCGCCGAAGGUGACGGAAACGGACGUGGUAGUGGUAGGGGCAGGCCUGAGUGGUCUACAAGCUGCCACCGAUAUCCAAAAAGCCGGUCUUUCUUGUGUCGUCCUCGAAGCGAAGGAUCGAGUCGGUGGCAAGACUCAGACCGUCCAGGUCAAUAACGGCACAGGCGUCUUAGAUGUCGGUGCGGCGUGGAUCAACGACCAAACCCAGCCCAAAAUGUGGGCGCUCUUCAAGCAAUUUGGCAUGGAGCCGAUCGUGCAACGCAUGAGCGGGGAUGAAGUUUUCAGAGACGGCAAAACAACGUGCAAUCGAAUAGCUUGGCCAGGCUCGCCAUUCUGUGACCAAGAACAGCAAGAAAUAUUUGACAGGAUAGCAGAAGACAUGGACAAGGACUCGAAAUCGAUCGAUCUUCAUGACUCAACAGCGAACUCACACAUCGAGGACAUUUCCGUGGCCGAGUACUUCCGCCGCAAAGGUGCACAUGGCCAAUCUUUUGACCUUUGGAGAGUCUGGAUUCGAGCCUUGACCGGGACCGAGCCAGAAAACAUCGGCUUGGUGUAUUGGUUAGACUACAUCAAAAGUGGAGGAGGAGUGGAGAGCUUACUGAGUGAUGGUCCAAAAGGUGCACAAUAUUUGACAAACAAGCGAGGGAACGGGACCAUCUCGACCAGGUUAGCCGCCAAUCUCAGGCCCGGCACUGUCCAUUUGAACAGUCCUGUCCGCCGCAUUAUCCAAACCCGCGAUGGUGUACUGGUUGAGACGGCGCCAGGGGCUUUGUUCCACUGUCGUAAGGCCCUUAUAUCAGUACCGACACCACUCUACCGACACAUCGACUUCAGUCCCUCGUUACCAGCUGAGAAGCAGGAGUAUGUCAGUGCGGUCCACCUCGGUCCGUACUGCAAAUGUAUCCUCCUAUACUCCAAGCCAUGGUGGCGAGAACUGGGCCUCAAUGGAUCCUUCAUCGACCUGCAAGGCCCGGUGGCGUUUUCCCGCGAUGUGUCGUCGGACGAGGACGGAAUGUUCGCGCUAUCGACCCUGAUAUUUGGCGAGUAUGCGACUCGCUGGAUGCGGUUGUCGGCAGCGCAGCGGACUCAAGCUGUCAAGGACCAACUGGCUGACAUGGUGGGCGAAGAACAUCGCACUAAGGUCUAUGAAACUAUCCAGACCAUAGAGAAGCUCUGGUAUCGAGAGCUUUGGAGCGAAGGGGCACCGUGUCCGAUGCCUGCCCCUGGAGGGAUCUGGCCCCGACUCGGUAACGAGCUCCGUCGGCCGUUUGGAAACUUGCACUUUAUUGGAACGGAAACUGCCAUUGAGUGGAAAGGAUACAUGGAAGGUGCAGUGCGUUCAGGAGAGCGAGGGGCUCGAGACGUGAUUGACUUGCUUCGAGAUGGUCGUAAGGAAUCGUCAUGGAAGCUUUAA